AUGCCCCUCCAGCUCCCCUGUGAGCGCCUCCCUCUCCUCCUCUCUCCCCCACCGCGUCGUGCCCGCGCCCGUCGGCGCUCUCGCGCUCCCCUGUGGUCGAGCCCCUCGCUCGCGCUCGUCCCCACCCGUCGCUGGCCGCGCCCAGUGCCCCGCAGUGCUCUCCGCCCCGCCUCCGCCCGCCGUGGCCCUCGUGCCCCGCUGCGGCAACCCCCCCGCCAUGGUCACGACCCCGCCCUGCCCCGGGCAGGCUACGGGCGCCCGUCGCCCACACCCCGCCGCGGCGCGCUCUGCCUCGCCGGCGCCGUGCCGCUGGCCGCGCCCGGGCUCGCCCCCGUCGGGCGCCUGCAACCGCGCCCGAGUCCCGUGCCCGAUCGCCCGCUGGGGCUCUCCCUGGGCCACUGCCAGGUGGGGCCCCACGCCCCUAAGCCGCUGACCCCUGGGGCCGAAACCCCCCUGGCCCGCUGA